AUGAUGGGGUUGUAUUCUAGUGGGGCGCUGGGCGGUGUGGAGGUGCUGGAUGGAGGGCUGGUGGGCGGCGAGCUGACGGCUCACGUGCUGAGCGCGCAGGCGGCCGCGCAUGCCGCCGCCACGGCCGCCGCGGCCGCGCAUCAACAACACCAGCAACAGCAAAUUGCUGUGCAGCAAAUCAAAACAUCCCCGUCAUCUGGGCGUUCCACCCCAGUGACGUCACAAGCAAAUGGAACAGCCCCCGCACCCACGGGGAGCACCUCACCGUCUCCGAGCAAGCUAUUUGUGGGCGGGCUCAGCUGGCAGACGAGCUCGGAGAAGCUUAGAGAGUAUUUCGCCAUGUUCGGACCAGUUACCGAUGUGCUGAUUAUGAAAGAUCCUGUGACACAGUUGAUGUUAAGUUUGUUUGAGAUUUGUAGUCCUCGUGUCACGUGUAUCCCGGCACUGCGUCACGUGAUCAGUGAGCUUGGCAGUAACAGUAGCCGCGCGCAGAGAUCGCGCGGCUUCGGCUUCAUCACGUUCCAGGAGGCGUCCUCCGUGGACAAAGUGCUGGCCGUGCCGGUGCACACGCUCGACGGCAAGCGCAUCGAUCCCAAGCACGCUACGCCCAAGUCUGCGCCCCGCCCAGCCAAGACCAAGAAGAUAUUCGUCGGCGGCGUCGGCCAGGACACGUCCGCUGAGGAGGUCAGGUCUUACUUCUCACAGUUCGGCCUCGUCGAGGACGCCGUUAUGCUCAUGGACCAGCAGACCAAGCGCCACCGCGGCUUCGGCUUUGUCACCUUCCACUCGGAGGAGGCGGUCGAGCGCGUCUGCGACAUACACUUCCACACCAUCAAGAACAAGAAGGUGGAAUGCAAGCGAGCGCAGCCCAAGGAGGCCGUCGCGGCCGCCCCGCUAGCGCUAGGCAAGCGACUCGUGCUGCGGCCCGGGCGCGGGCUGGUGUACGCGGCCAGUGGAGUGGGCGCCGUGCCCGCCGUGGGCGCCGCGCAUGCUUACCGCUACGCGCCGUAUGCUCUGCCCACGGCCGCUACGGCCGCAACGGCGCUGGUGGCGCCUCCGCAGCCGGCGCCGGCGCCCGCGCUGCCUCAGUUCGGCGCCGCGUACUCGCUAGCCGGCGUGGACAUGUCGUCGUUCCAGGGCGUGGACUGGGGCGCCAUGUACGGCCUGCCCAUGUACAUCUAA